AUGCAGGAUCUUCUUCCUAAAGCUUCCCAGACAAAAGGACACCUCGAUGAAAGGGGGUGUUGCAAUCCUUUGAGCCAUGUCGUGGUCUUCAGGUGCGAAGUUCGACUGACCGUGGAGGUGAGCCCUCGGCAGCCGUGGGACAUCAGCCAAAGUGUAGGUUUGGCAUGUCGCAGGCGAUGCCAGGCGAGGCCGAGAAGGAGCAAGAGGAAAAUCAGGCGCCUCUUCCAAGUUAGACCCAUCAGCCGGGAGUGCCAGUCUUGCAGCGCCUUGCAGCGCCAUGCAGCGCCUAUCGAGUCUCUUCCGACUGUCCUCUCGAACGUCCUUCCAACUUCAAGCAUGAGGAAGUGCCUUCCCAAUGGAGCGAACCUCGUGGCCGUGCUCCGCCUCAGCGUCUUGCCCUUCUUGAUGGCAGCACGGCCGGGCCAUGGGCGCAGCUUCGAAAAAGUUUAG